GAAAAGAGUGUCCUCUUCAUGCCAAAGCACUUUUCUGAAAGUUUUGUUGUUGUUUACAGUGAGACAGUGUCACAGCACCAGCUGUUAGCACUCCGGCAACUGUCUCUAGGAUAUUUAAAUAUUUGUCACUUUAUUACUUUUCAUUUUAAAUAGCCUGUGGCAUAUGCUUAUAUCCGUAAGAGCUCCACGGUCAACUUUUAUUAAAGUUUUGCUUGCUACUAGCUAACGUUACCGGUGUCCUAGCCGGCCAGCUCUUGGUGGAUGUGAGUCAGCAAACUUUGUGCUAGGCUAGCUGCUGUCAUUUUGAAGAAGUCCCUUUUGUGUCACCAUGGACCAUAGUGGCGCUCACCCAGUGAAACUGUACGUUUACGACAUGUCCAGAGGCAUGGCCCGCCAGAUGAGUCUCCUCAUGCUAGGGAAACAGCUUGAUGGGAUAUGGCACACUGCUGUUGUGGUCCAUGGAAAGGAGUUCUACUUUGUAGGAGAAGGCAUCAACCAUUGUUCACCCGGUGGGAGCUCCUUGGGUGAGCCUGACUUUGUAGUGGACCUGGGCUCCACUGAGGUGCCUGAAGAGAUCUUUAUGGUGUACCUGACUUCACUGGGAGAGUCCACAUACAGAGGUGACAAGUACAACCUGUUUGAGCACAACUGCAAUGCUUUCAGCAAUGAGGUGGCUCAGUUCCUCACAGGCAAAAAGAUCCCAUCGUACAUUACGGACCUUCCUUCUGAAGUACUGUCCACGCCUUUCGGCCAGGCUCUCCGUCCUUUACUGGAUUCCAUCGUCAUAAAUCCCGGAGGCAGCAACAUAACUGGACAGCGGUAGACAGGGCUGUGCACAUUAAAGAAAGUACUUCAAUCCAGUGGUCGUUGAAGUGGGUGAGACUAUCACCAUCAGCCGCCAAUGAGACUCUGAUAACAUCUCUGCCUGUGGCUGACAGGUUGAUCUUUGCUAUUAAGUUUCAAGUUCAGUUUCUGUUUAUUCUAUACAUCUGAGGUUUUAAGGUGUGCCAACCACUGGUGCUAGGGGACUGAAAGAGUACAUUUCUACUCUGGAUGCAAUCAGUGAGAUGCAGCUACAAGUUUUUGUGUUCAUAAAAGGAGAGUACGUCACCUGGUUUAAUCAUGUCCUCCAGAUUUGUAUUUUAAAUUGUUAUUUGAGAGGCUGAAGUGAUCUCUUCCUGUACUGAUACUCUUGAUUGGCUUUUUAAAAGUCGAUUAGGAAGUGUGUUAAAAUUAGAUUACCAGUACAGAAAUGGAUUUAAGAAUGUUGUUCCCUUGGUAUGUAACUUGGUUUAUACCUUGCCAGCUCUCUAAAAGCAAACAGACUAAUCCUACCUCAGCCAUAUCAUGCUCUUACCAAACAUCGGUCUUGUCUUCCACCCUUUUUGGUACCAUAUCAAUGACCGCUGACAGCUCCUUGGGGAAGAGAGUGUAGUUUAAUGCUUCUUAUAAGAUGCCGUGUUCCCUCCCAUCACUUCACUUCCUAGUGGCCAUUUACACAAGUUAGAUGGAAUUUACAGUUGUUAUUCUCUCUCUUCAUCAUCAGGAAAGCUGUUCUUUACAAUUUAUCAGGAGAGAGAUUUAAGCAGUAAUGCUCAAAUCUGUAUUUUUAAUGGAGCUUAUAAAGGCUCCAAGGCUUUGCAGUCCUAUAAAUGUGUUACUUUAAUAAUGGAAUAAAAAGAAAUACACUUCAAGGUCUAGCUGGAUCCAGAUCUGCACAUGUUCAGUUCAUGGUGAAGCUAACAAUGCUCCUAGAUGCCACGAUGUAACAAAAGAUUUCUCUUAAAAUCCAGAAACCGCACAUGGGUCCAGAUUAUUACCAAAAAGUAGACCGUUGUUCAAUGGUUCAUGGAAUUAUUAAAUUCCAUUGCAUACAAACAAACAUACAAGACCAAAAUGGUAACCUCUGUGGCAGAGAUAAUACUUCUUCUCUUCAGAAGCCACAUUAGACCAUUUAUUCCCCCAAGGAGCUCAGGCUAAUCUCAGUGUAAAUUUUAGUGUAAAUUAGUUUUUUAAGAAGUAGAGCUCUCAAACUCGCCACACUGCCGUAUUCUACUAAUCAUUCAUCUUUUUAACAUGUUGUUUUUGUUCUUCUGGCCUUUCUUUGUAUUCAGUGUUUUAGAAAACACAGUUUGACCAAAUCUACGGGCCUGUCUUCACUAAAGAGAUUCUGAGAUUAAUGCUUCUUUCAGGGACAUCUGAUGACCACACAGCAUAGGAUUGUUUUUUUAAUAUAUAGGACCAAUUUGUGCAUCUUUUAGCUGCUUCACUUGCCAAGACUUAGAGUUUAUUCAAUUUAUAAAGACAGAUAUGUCUAAUAACCUUAAAUACUGAAGUUUUGUAUAGUUUCUAUUUACAUGAUUAAGCCAGACAUAAUGAAUUAGAUUCACAGCAGGUGUUCUGCCAACAGCCACUUACCUGCAUCACUGAGGGGCCAUUAAUCCCUCCUUAAAGAAAAACAUUGCUGAUGCCAUCUGUGUCUUUAGUUUUACUCUAACUGACCUUCCUGAAAAGUUGACUAGGAAUUAUGGUUAUUUUGAGAAUAGUUGUUAUUAUUAUUUCACCUAGUAGACCUAUUAAAUUGUCUUAAAUAUAAUUUUACAUACAUGCACAAGGGCUCUCAAGUCGCUUAUCAUUCCCUUAAAUUGGACUAUAUAAGGUCUUAAUUUAUUAAUUUUUAAUCUGAUUUCAUUUUACUUUUGCACUUAAGUGACCCUGUCAGGAAAAAGCCUAUGCUAGAUAAAACUUGCUUUAUAGUGAACUGUCGUACUGACCUGCUGAGAGAAAUCAACAGAAACAUUCACGUUCACACAUUAUAAACAUUGGUCUGCAAGUUGUCAAAUGUGUGACAUUUAAAACUUUGCUCAAGUUGUGAUAUUAAAAUAUCUUUUAUGUCUUAACA